AUGCAGAACAAGUGUGCACACAAACUUGUGUUGAAACGUGCCAGUGCGAAUCAAUUGAAAUAUUGCCCCGCAUCACGGAGACCUACACCCGACAAUGGUGGAAUGCAAAACGUGAAUAGGCAAAGGCCAACCAGAAAAAACCAGUAGAUGCAAGCUAUGGUUCAGUUUCUUUGUAUCCACAAACAGCAUGCAUAGCAACAUCCCUCUGCAGGGUUAAUGUUAUUGACUCAGGCGCUUGGAAUCUAACAAUGUUUAUUAUUACAGCUGAUAAAAAGGUUUCCAAACUUCCAUUCUCCAGCAUGCUGCUUUCUUCUAAUACGAUCUACCCGGAAAUGGAUUGUGUUCUUAAUAAGUAUCACUACAAAGGAUCUGAAGUUGUCGCGGCAGGCUGUAUUACAUUGAUCGGCUAA